AUGCGUUCCAAAAAUUGGGACUUCAGAGGUUUGUGUGUUUGCACAGAUGGUGCUCCAGCUAUGCUAGGAUGUGGAUCUGGAUUUCAGUGUUGACUGAAUGAGUCACCAAAAGUCAUUGGAACUCACUGUAUGAAUCAUUGGCAAAUAUUAGCAACGAAGACGCUGCCACAAGAGUUACAAGAAGUAAUGAAAAGCGUCGUAAGUUCUGUCAAUUUUGUAAAGGUGAGCACUUUAAACAGCCGACUGUUUCCGCAACUGUGCAACGAGUUGGAUGCACCGCACAAUGCUCUGCUAUUUCACACUGAAGUGAGAUGGUUGUCGAGAGGAAAAGUUUUAAAAUGUGUUUUUGAGCUUCGUGAUGAACUCAAAACGUUUUUUAAUCAGAAAGCAAGACCGCAGCUUGAAGCACUUUUCAGCGAUAAAAGUGAACUGCAGAAAAUAGCUUACUUGGUUGACAUCUUUGCCAUCUUGAAUGAGUUAAGUUUAUCACUGCAAGGACCAAAUGCAACAUGCCUCGAUUUGUCUGAAAAUAUCCGAUCAUUCCAAAUGAAACUUCAGCUUUGGCGAAAAAAAUUGGAUGAAAAUAAAAUUUACAUGUUGCCUACCAUAUCUGCUUUCUUUGAGGAACAUGACAUUGAACCAGACAAAAGGAUUACGGUGAUAAUUUCUGUGGAAGAACACUUACACAUGCUUGCAGACGAAAUUUCAUCGUACUUUCCAAAUCUACCUGACACCCCAUUUGCAUUUGCCAGAAGCCCAUUCACAGUCAAAGUUGAAGGUGUUCCUGAGACAGUACAAGAGGAGUUCAUUGAACUUAUUAACAGUGAUGCCGUGAGAACUGAUUUCUCUACAAUGCCGUGUUUGCAGUCAUAUCCUGUUCUGUCUAAGACUGUGCUGCGCCUUCUUCUUCCAUUUCCAAAAACAUAUCUUUGUGAAACAGGGUUUUCCAGCUUGUUGGUUAUCAAGUCUAAAUACAGAAGUAGACUUGUUGUGGAAGAUGAUCUUCGUUGUGCUCUUGCAAAGACUACCCCGAGAAUUUCUGAUCUGGUGAGAAAGAAGCAAUCUCAGCCUUUGCACUGA